AUGUCCGCCCCGCCAUCGUCUGGCGACUGCGUCGUCGCUGCCCUAACGUCAGGCCCGACCACCUUGGCGUUCUGGCGGCCGGGCAUCGACUGCUGGUUGCGGGCGCCGACGGGGACGCUCGUUCCGUGCGACGCCCAAGACCUGGCGUACCAAGACGGAUGGUUCUGGGCCGUCACCCCCCGGGAUCUGCUCGUGUGCUACAAGCCGGAAACCGCCGACGGAGACGGCGCCUCUCUUACCAUUCGACAUCUCGUCUAUGGUCACCCAACGACCCCGACGGCGCCCGGGGAGGCCGUCUCCCGCUACCUCUUGCCCUCCGCCUCCGGCGCCCAUCUGCUGAUGGUGAAGAGGUUGGUCGCGCCGGCGAGAGGCGGCGCCACGUUGCGCUUCGAGGUCUUCAGCCUACACAAGGAACAGGACGGACGGUCGGCUUCCUGGCGCUCCUACCCGAUGAGCGGGCGGCUGCUCUUCGUCGGCCGCAGCUGCUCCAAGGCAUUCGACACCGGGCACGCCAGCAGCCCGGGCUACAUCUACUUCCUCGACGACGUCUACCCUAGGGGUCCGCGCAGCGUCCUUCAGCACAAAGUGUAUCCCUGCGUGGACACCGGCGCCUGGUGUUGCUCCCGUCAGGAAAUCAAGCGCUGCCUGCCAUGCUCGCCUCCCUCCGACAGCUCGCCCUGCAUUUGGUACCUUCAUUGA